GAAAGAAAGAAAGGGAGAAGGGGAGCCUGGGAUUGCAUUAAUAAAUGCCACUUCCGUCUGCUUGCAUUGCCAACUGGGAUUUUGAAUUAACCUUUGCUAGCUGUGGAAAGGUGAUGCCUGGGACCAGUGAGUUAAAGGAGUUGGUAUCGGAAACCAAAAUGGAGGAACAAGAAGGCACUGGACCCGAGCCACAGGAGAGCUUGCAGCGGGGACCACGAGAUCUCCAUGUGGUCCAAAUUGGGGCUACCGGCGAGUUGCUAGAAGGGGCAGUCCCCCCACAGCAGUUCAAACGGGAGCCAGAAGACCAGUGCUGGGAGACCCAGUUGCAAGAUUUCCUGAAAACGAUGCAGCCGAGCCGUUCAGGAUGGAGGAACGCCCCGCAGUCCCCUCAUUAUAUGCUGGGAGAAGAUACCAAGUAUUUCCAGAGCUCCUUCAAGGGUGGAGAACAAGGCAGCAGGUGGCCCAAAGUUGAGUCUAUGGCCCAGAGUAUGUCAGACGAUGGCAAGACCUAUGACAGCAGACAGGAUUCGCCCGUGAAAGUGAAGGAGGAAGUUCUUGAUGAGGACCAGGUCAAUGUGGAGAUGCGGAGACAGCGUUUCCGGCUCUUCUGCUAUGAGGAAGCUGAGGGCCCCCGAGAGGUCUGUAACAAGCUCUGGGAGCUAUGCCACCAGUGGUUGAGGCCAGAGACGCACACCAAGGAGCAGAUCCUAGAGUUCCUGAUCCUGGAGCAGUUCUUGACUGUCCUGCCACCGGAGAUGCAGAGCUGGGUGAGAGAGCACGGUCCCGAGACUUGUACCCGGGCCGUAGCCCUGGCAGAACGGUUCCUUCAAGACUCUGAGGAGCCAGAACAGAAGAUGUCAAGAUCUCUUAGUUCCCCCAAGUCAGAUCAUUCUCCCCCUGUUAUCUUGAAGAUGCAGCUCCCCCUGGAAGAUAAGCAGGAGGAUGACUGGGAGGCCACCUUGUCUGGCAAUGAACAAGUGCAAGAUGAUGAUGAGGAAUCCUUUCAAGAUGACCAACCUGAGCAAGUGGGUAUUGGUGGAAUGUCAUUAGAGCGAGCCAAAGGGAAAUGCUUCCAAGGGCCUGAGAUGGACAAGAUGCCUGAGAGCCACCAGGGACAAGAUGGUCACCAGGAGAAUCCUGGGAAGUCAGCAAAGCUUUGUGGGGAAGGUGACAGGGGCGUACGGGAAAGCUCCUUCCAGGAGGGAACCCACAGACAUACUGACUCAGGGGAAAGCUCCUGUCAGAGUUUUAGCCAUCAGGAAAUGCAACCCAUCGAAAAACCCCACAAAUGCUCAUUUUGUGAGGCAAGUUUCUAUGAGAGAACCCAUUUGGUUAUACAUGAGAGGAUCCACACUGGGGAGAAGCCAUACAAAUGCUCCGUGUGCGAAACUUGGUUCUCUCAUCCCUCUGAGCUUAUGAGGCAUGAGGAGACCCACAUGCCUGAGAAACCUCACAAAUGUGGCGUCUGUGGCAAAAGCUUCAACCAGAAAGCCUCCCUUAUCACCCACGAGAGAACACACACAGGAGAGAAACCGUACGAAUGCUCUGAGUGUGGGAAAAGCUUCAGUACCAGCUCCCAGCUUAUUACACAUAAGAGAGUCCACACGGGUGAGAAACCAUACAGUUGCUCAUACUGUGGCAAAAACUUCAAUCAGAAAGCAUCCCUCAUUACACACAAAAGAACCCACACAGGGGAGAAACCAUACGAGUGUACGCUGUGCGGGAAAAGCUUCAGCGCGUGCUCCCAGAUUAUCAAUCACAUCAGGGUCCACACAGGAGAGAAGCCCUACGAAUGUUUAGAGUGUGGUAAACGUUUUGGUAGCAGCUCCCACCUUACAGAUCAUAAGAGAACCCAUACGGGGGAGAAGCCGUACAAGUGCUCUGACUGUGGGAAGAACUUCAGCCGAAGUUCCAACCUUACAGCCCACAGUCGAAUCCACACAGGAGAGAAGCCAUAUAUAUGCUCAGGUUGUGGCAAAAGCUUCAGGCAGAAAGCAUCCCUCAUCACACACAAGAGAACCCACACAGGAGAGAAACCCUUUGAAUGCUCUGAGUGUGGGAAGAGCUUCAUUUCAAGCUCCCGUCUUGUCAGCCAUAAACGGGUGCACACAGGCGAGAAACCGUAUGAAUGCUUAGAGUGCGGGAAGUGCUUCAUUUCCAGCUCCCACCUUCUAAGUCAUAAAAGAGUGCACACUGGAGAGGAGCCAUACAAGUGCUCAUAGAGCAGGAGAACUUUCUAUUAGUAGGCCACCCUUCCAAGGGCCAGUUCCCAUAUAGCCCCAGGCCAGGGAUCCUGUAUACAAAGAAUGGCCUAGCAUCUGUAAUCUCAAAGGCCAUUUUAUUCCUUAAAUGUAACUCGAAAGCGCAGAACCUCUCUUCCAAUUAAAAACCAUUUUUCUCAGGCCAGGUAAGUUUUCUUUGAGGGCUUGAUCAGGCUAUUAGCUGCCUGUAAGCAUUGUUGUGCUGCUUGGUGCAUGUCCUGGCCACCACAAUGCAACAUGAUAAUGCACAUCAACCUGGGUAGGGAACACAGCCCUGGUGUUUGUGGUCUUUCUUCUCCUCUUCCCCAAAAUGGUGGGGAGAGGAACACGCAAAUGAAGUGUACACACAUGCCACAUAAAGUGAGUAGUGGGAGGUGCAUGCUUUGGUUGGACUGGAACAGCGCUCUGCCUUGGUACAAGGUGGUUUCAUGUGUUCGUAUGUGCCCAUGGUGUGUAUGCGAUUGAGAGACAACCCCUGAAAAGUGAGAUUCCCUGUAUAGGUAGUAGGAAAAGGGAGACUUGACAUCCGUCUGUCAGCCAAGGAUGCCCCCGCCAGUUGUCAUUCAUAGGGAAUUCUGGGCAAUAUUUUCAGGCACAAUUUGCAUGGGAGAGGCUGGCUGGAUUGGGUGGUUCUCACAACAGCAUUCCCUAGCUCCUUCCACUGUGGAUGAUGAGUGUGGCUUUGAAUAUACCCAGUUCUCUAAUCCAGCAGCUGAGUUUUUCAGUGUUUGCAAAGUUUGUCUGCUGUUUGCAGUCCUUCUGUAAAGGAAUCAUGUAAAGGAAUCACCUAGGAAGGCCAGGCUUCCCUUCAACACAGUUUGAAAACAUUGGGUAUAAUGAGAUACAACUGGAAGGACGUAGAUUUGGAGAAGCCAUCUAAAUGUUGGGUUGACUUGCUGCUCUCUAAUCCUCUAUCAGCACCACACACUCUUGCUGGCCAGCAAUCUCCUGCCCUUGGGUUAAAUAGAUAAGUCUGGUUAUAUCAUAGUCACCUCCUGACCUGUGGCAGGGGUUUCUAUUCUUGUCUUAUGAUUGGUUGAGUACAUACAUGGCGAGUACACCUCUACUUUACCCUUUUCCAUUGAGUUAAUGUACCUGCACAUUAUUUUCCCACUUUGGCAUGCUUCUUGCAUUGCUGAGCCUGACCUCAGCUAGAUAAUUCCCUUGCUGGUUGAUAGGCUGAAUGUAGGGCCGAGAAAGAGAAACUCUCUUCCCUUUAUAGUGGUAGAGCAGAUCUCUUCUUCCUCCCUGCACCCAAGCUUCAUUUUACCAGCUUCUAAAGAGACUACAGACCUAGAUGGAUCAUGCAUUAGCCUCCUACAAGGCAGCAGCUGUGAUGUCUAUUGGGUCUCUUAGUAAACCACCAGCUGAACAUGAGCCAACAGUGUGGUGUAGCAGCUAAAAAAGACAAUGCAACGCUAUGUUGCCUCAAUAGGAAUAUAAUGCAUAGAUUGAGGGAAACAAUAGUAUCAUUCUAUUUUGCUUUGGUCAGAAUUCACCUGGAAUAUUGUGUCCAGUUUGGGGCAUCACAGUUCAGUAAGGAUAUUGACAAGCUGGAGCAUGUCCAGAGGGUGACCAAAAUGGCAAAA